AUGUCCGGAGCAAAUUAUACAGAAUUGUUUUUAAAAAUUUCACGCAAUCAUAGUUUAACAAAUAUAUCACGUGAAGAACAUCUGGACAUUUUGAUCAAAAUUAUGAGAUCAUUUCAGGUUAUUUACCAUUCCUAG